UCACGUCUUCCCCAGAGAAAAUUGUUACCGAGAAAGUGACGGAAAACGAAAUCCAAACGGGAUAAACCUAAAACCCAAAUCACUGUUGUUGCUACGGACUUUCAAAAUUUGGGUUUUCAUUGACAUGACUCUGCUUCCGAUUUCAGUCGUCUCGUUCCUCUUCUUUCUCUGCCUUCAUUCGCCAUUCAUCGCCGCCGCUACAGAUGACGAUUUGCCGACGGCGUACACUCUCCUCCAAAGCUACAAUUUUCCAGUGGGGAUCCUUCCUAAAGGUGUCGUAUCAUAUGAUCUAGAUAAAUCCACUGGCAAAUUUCACGCGUAUUUCAACAACUCGUGCAGUUUCGCUCUUCAAGGAUCGUACCAAUUGGAUUACAAAUCAACAAUCUCUGGCUACAUAUCACAGAACAAGCUCACCAAGCUCACCGGCGUGAAGGUCAAAGUUCUAUUCUUGUGGCUCAACAUCGUCGAGGUUAUCAGGAAUGGUGACGAACUCGAGUUCUCCGUCGGGAUUACAUCGGCGAACUUCGCGAUCGAUGAGUUUUACGAGUCGCCACAGUGUGGAUGUGGGUUUGAUUGUAAAUCGAUUAAGGAGAACUUGGGAAGAAACCCUUUUGUUUCUUCGGUUUAAAGGUUUAGCCUUUUAUUGCAGAAUCUUAACUCUUGCUUGAAGCGUUAUUGUUCUUUCUUCAAUCAUUUAAUUUAUCAAUGGUUUGUGUGUUGCAUCCUACGAAUGUCUAUUAGAUCUUUGGUUCUUAGUG